CCGCGUCGUUCGCGAUGGCAGACGUAGCCGCAGUCAGAGCAGAGAUCAAGGCAUGGGAGCGCGCAUUCAAGCAGAACAAUGGACGCCACCCGACUGUCGAUGAUAUUCGCAGUCAACCCUCUGUUGCGGAGAAAUACAAGCUGUACAAGGCGUUGACGAAGGGUUCCUCUACCAAGGCAUCCCAGUCCAGCGCAAAGAACACUCCUACCACCCCGCCUCGCGCGAAGUCCAAGUCCACCUCUGCAACCAUGCUUGCAUCGACUUCUCGUGCCGCGGAGAGUACGGCACCAUUACCCGCUUUCAACCCCUUCUCGCCGCAGAAAAAGAAGUCUACGAAGCCGCAAGCAUCUCGAACAAGCAAUCCUUCGCGUACGAACUUGUUUGCUUCCCCGGUGAAAGGGAAGGCAGCGAAGACAGCUUCGUCGCAGCGAUUUCUCUCUCCAGAUCCAUUCCCUGAGAUUGCACCCUCGAUAAACUCGAUACGAGCACCCCUUCUAUCUCAGCAACUCACUCCCGAGACCUCGACCGCCGUAUCUCGAGCGCGGAAGCGCCUCCGGGGUGACCCUGUGUCGCCGUCCCCGGACAAGCGCAGACGUCUGACAACGACGCCAAUGCUUGCCCGGUCACGGCCCGGCGACAGCGACGACGAAGACGAUCCCAUGAGCGGCGACGCGUCUUUCGUGGACGACUCCCCCAUGAAGGCCCCUGCCGGCUUCAUGAAGCUCUUCGACGAGCAGAACGGCGGAAAGGGCGAGCUCAGGCGUACCUCUUCCUUCGCGCUCUUCGGGGCUGCAAUGAAGAAGGGUGCCACCGACUCCGAGGACGAGAUGGAUACGUCAGCCGACGGUCAUGUCCCGCCGCCAAAGCUUCGUUCUGCGCCCAAGUUGGCUGCGAAGAAGUUCACGAACGGCCAUGCAAAGACGUUCGGCAAUCCCAUGCACCUGGCCAAGGACAACCUGUUUGCAGAAUCAGGACCUGGCGACGACAAGCCUGCUGCCCCGAGUAAACCUUCGCGGGCUCAGAAGAGAUCGUCGUCGCGCGCAGUGGAACAGGUCGCAGCAUCACAGCCUCCGCCUACCGCUACGCACGCGGAGACGAUACUCAUCCCACCAUCCCCGCCUCCCGCCGACUCACAUCGCAAAUCAUCGUAUAUGAACGCCAAGGGCAAGGCCGCUGCCAAGUCAGCUAGCCGGAAGAAGGCGAAGGUCGACGAUGAAGACGGGUCCACCUCCGAUGCAGAAGACGAGGUCGUGGUGAAGGUCUUCAACCGGCACCCUACACACGCCCCGCACGAGGACGAUGAUGAUUUCGACGGGUUUGAUCCGGCUUUGCUGCACACGAAGCGCAGGGGCGCCUCACCUCGCGCCUUCGACAUGGAUGACAACGGGCAGGUGGCGGAGGAGACGCUGGAGGUGAACCUGCCAGAAGACUUGCGGCGGAUCCUCGAUAUCGCACCGGAGGAGCGCACAGCACGGGAGGAGCGCCGCCUGGCAGAGGGGCUGGUGUACGGCAGGCGCGUCGGUCAUUACGACCCCAAGGCAGGCGAGAUUUGGGAUGUGGGGGAGGAUGAAGGGACCGGGGAUCGGGCUGAUACGGAGGAGGAAGACUGGGAGGAAGGGGAAGGUGUUCCAUGGGCUGCAGGAGAGUUGUAGCGAUAUGAACGAUUUCAUGAUAAUUCCCUUGUCUGAUACUCGGUGGCUUUCAUUCUCGGCG